GAGUUUCAUGUGUUCGAUUGAUGUGACGACGGUGUCAACUCUGUUCUACGGAUCGAAAGAUAUUCCCGGUUUACAUAAAGUACGACAAAAUAAACUGAAUAUUUCAUAAGGUGUGAAGAUCAAGUAAACGUGGGUUAUCUGCACUGGGACAACGGGAGAACUAGAGUUAUCGUUAUAUGGUUGUAUGUUGCUGAGGGUCGCAACGAAUGGGCGCUAGACAAACAAUAUUGGCUCGAUGGUAAACUAUCUGAACGUAGAACAGGUAUUGCUGCAUCCCCGUUCUGUGCAAUUGUGCUGCAAUCAUGAAGGGAGAUACAGAGAAGAUGUUGAAGGGAAACAGGAAGGUGCUGUACCCACGACAAUAUGUUACUGUUGCACAACACUGUACAAUAUAUUUCCUCAGCAAAGGAUACAUAGAGGAUAAUUAUUCCAUUACCAAAGAAAGAUUCAAGAACAUAUUUGAAGAAGAGUAUAAACAGAAGUACCCUGUUCGUGCUAAUUGUUCAAAUAUUCUGUCUGCACUGAAUUUCUUAAAGCUGAUAAAGAGGAGAAAUAAUUCAAACCCAGAAAAAAUAUAUUUCAUUAGGAAUGGUAUUGAUACACUCCAAGAGAAGUAUUCUGAUGAAAUACUGAAGAAGCAUCCUGAUGAAACUCUUGCAAAGCCUAGGCAACAGAUACUAGUGAAUCGGCAGUCUGCUUUUCAGACCAAGGAAGAAAAGGCACCAGACAUACAAGGAUUACAUUGUUUGUUGUGCAAAGAACUUCUCUCCUCAGAAUAUGAGUUGCAUCAGCAUAUACUGGAAGUUGAUCAUAAGUUGAGGUCUCUGUAUCGCAACAACAGGGUAGCCCUUGAUGGAAAACUUUAUUACAUGGAUACAGCCACAGUAUCUAAGAGUGUAAAAAUGGAAAACGGAGAAUGUUUAGUCAGACUGAGAGAAACAGUAAAUGUUGAAAUAGUGCUUGUCAAUAAUGACAAGACGUUGUGCACUGUUACUGAUGUAACUCUGUUAAUACCUACACCUGAAAUUCAAUUUAGUUACUGCUUACCAUCAGAUAUAGUACCAGGGGAAAAGAUACAGUUUGUCAUCAAAGCUAGUUUCCAUGAGAUUGCUGCAGUGGUUUAUCCUGUUGUUUUUCAUAUAAGCAAGGAAAAUAGAAAAAUAUUUGUGCUGCAUGAAGUGGUAUUCAGAAUUCAGAAUGUCGAAGUUGAUGAAUUGGGUCCAAUUGGUCCUUACAAAAGAUUAAGCCAAGUUCAGGUGUCGGUAGAGUAUCCCAUAGUAAGUGGAGUACCACCACCCUCAUCAAAGAGGACCUUUCCUUGCAUUGUUCCUCUUAGUGACUAUCCGAUACCAGCUGAUGUGAUAGAGAUGAUUAACAGUGGAUUUGUAGAGAGACGAGAAAUGUCAAGUAAUGUAAAGGAUCAGCUAAAAAAAUUUUUAGGAAUGUUGAAGAAAACCAGCAAGGGCAAGUUUAUUCCAAAUCUGAACAAAGAAAACUACAGUCAAUUCAUGAAGUUUCUACUCCAUAUGGAAGAACAUCAAAUGCUCAUAGAUAUACACAAGUAUGAUCGUGAAGAGGAAACAAUGAAGUUGCACCCCAAUAAAAAAUUAUGCAUAUUGAAGGUUCCAGGGUUGUUUGAAAGACGUCCAUCAUUGAUGAAGAAUGACCGAAUAUUAGUUACGAUAAUUGGAGAGCCUUAUAUUCAGUAUGAGGGAAUAGUGCAUGAGGUCAGAGAGCAGGAAGUGUACUUAGGUUUCCGUGAACAGUUUUUGAAAAAAUUUGUAGAAAACCUGAAGCUGAGUAUUUCAUUUAGCGUUAAUCGGUAUCCUCUGCGAUUGGAACACCGUGCGCUGAUGUUGAUGGAAAAUCAUGAAAUGAGCUGGCUCAUGUUUCCAAAUGAAUACAGCUAUUCAUCAGAUGCAGGAAUCCGGUCUUGGUUCAAUCGUUUGAUUGAAACAAAUGAAGAACAGAAAACAGCAGUAAGCCACAUAGUGUCUGGUUCUUUCUUCCCAUCUCCAUAUGUGGUGUUUGGCCCACCAGGUACAGGCAAGACAGUCACAAUAGUAGAGGCCAUAUUACAGUUAUGGAAAAAUUGUGAUGGUGCCCGUAUUUUAGCAUGCACGCCAUCCAAUGCAGCUGCAGAUGUUCUGACUACACGAAUUCUGCAACAAAUUCCAAACAAGAGCGUCUUACGUAUGUAUGCUGACUGUUGGACAGGUGACAAUAUACCUGAAGAGAUUAAAGCAAGCAGUAAUUUUGAUACAGAAGAGAAAGCAUUUUAUUACUCACUUGAAGAGGUGUUAAAGAAAAAAGUGGUUGUAUCAACUCUUAUCACUGCUGGCAGGUUAGUCACUGCUGGUAUACCAGCUGGUCACUUCACUCACAUCUUUGUUGAUGAGAGUGGCCAUGCCCCUGAACCUGAAUUGCUGGUGCCUGUGUGUGGAUUGUUAACCAGCAGCUCAAACCCAGGAGAACUAAAAGGCCGUCUUGUUUUGGCUGGUGAUCCAAGGCAGUUGGGGCCUAUUUUGAGAUCUGUUCCUGCUAGCAAUUUAGGUCUUGGUACUUCUUUCCUGGAACGCCUGGUGACAGCAAAUGACCAGUAUAAGAGGAGUAAUACUGGCGAGUACAAUACUGCUGUUAUUACCAAAUUGGUGAAAAAUUUUCGUUCUCAUGAACUAAUUCUGAAAGUCCCAAAUGACCUGUUUUAUUACAAUGAACUGAAGGCCUGUGGUGGAGAUUUAACAAGGAUGGCUUGCAGAUGGAGUCAGCUGCCCAAAAGGGAAUUUCCUAUAAUUUUUCAUGGAGUUCAAGGCAAAGAUGAACGAGAAGCUCACUCACCCAGUUAUUUUAAUCGGCAAGAGAUUAAUGUCGUUAUGAAAUAUGUGGAAGCUCUGUUUGAAGAACGCCUGAGUGGCUACAAAGUUCAGGAAAGAGAUAUAGGGAUUAUAACACCAUAUAGGCUACAGGUACACAAAUUUCGGGAGUUACUGCGAAAGAAGAAUUGGCAAAGGACAACUGUUGGAUCAGUUGAAGAAUUUCAAGGACAGGAGAGGCUUAUUAUUGUCAUAUCUACAGUACGCUCUAGUGUAGAGCUGCUAGAUGAUGACUAUAAGCAUCAUCUUGGGUUCCUGAAAAAUCCAAAGAGAUUCAAUGUGGCUGUGACUCGUGCAAAAGCGUUGCUGAUUGUUGUUGGUAACCCUAAUGUCCUUCAGUAUGAUCGAUCUUGGAAGAGUCUUCUUGAAUUUUGUCGUAAAAAUGGUGCAUAUACAGGUUGUAAAUAUCAGCCACAGGAAGAGAAACCCAUUAAUGAUGAUGAGAACAAUGGGUUAGAUAUUGCAGGCCUCAGUCUGGAUGAACCAUCAAAUGUAGAAGACGGCCCACAAUGGAGAAGUGAAAUGUAAAAGAUUUUAAUGGCAUGUUCAAUCUAUAAGCAGUGUUUUCAUCAUCUGUUGAAGUACAGAUUUUGUAUCAGAGUGGGCUACAUUGUAUGAGGUGCACUGAACUUCUUAGUUGUCAGAUUUCAGCAAAAAGAAUGUGUAGUAUUGCUGGUAGACAGAGAUUACGGGUUCAAUUUUCAGAUACUGGAGAUAUUUGUAAUUUUAUAAUUUAUCAUUUUAUUUUCAUCAUAAGUGAUCUAUUGCAUUUGAUAAGCAUUUAAAAUUUGCAGGUGUUGUAUGACUACACAGUACUCUGAAUUUUGAUGUUGUGAUUGAAUAUUGAGAUUCUUGAUAUUACUGUAUCUAGAAAAGAAAAUCAUUGAUUGACUCAACUUGCUUACUAGUAGUUUCACUGAUUAUUGUCACACAGACAUGCCUACUGUCAUUAAGCGAUUUAUGCAAGUGCUAACUCCGAUAACUAUAUAUAAUCUGAUGUGUCACUGACUGAAAGUAAGCAAUGUAUAUGUGGCUUGUGGAACUACUACUAUUGUGCCAAAUGAAGAACUUAACACUUUUAGUGCACCAGUAUUGUGUAAUAAGGUUUCCGUAUCUUGUUCUCUUUACUUGAAAGGCUCAUUAUUACUUAUUUAUUUUGUAAGUUCAUGUAUAUUAAAUAAACAACUGCUUUUUUUCUUGA